UUUUCACCUCAAACUGUGACUUCAAGUCUUCAACCGUUCUAACGUUUUAGGCAAAGCAAAUGGCCUCGUUACCGUUAACAAAAUCAGCAAUGCCAAGAGGCAGAGAUGAAGUGUAUGUAGUGGCAGUUCCUCUGAGGGCCACUAAAGGACCAGCCCAGGUGCUUAUGUCUGCUGCUUACUCCCUCAAUAUCUGGGAUUUGCAGCAUUUUAUGGUCCUAAUCAAACCCUCCUCCCCACCUCCUUCUUAUCAGGCCUUGGUUUUUGAUUUUCAACCUAAAGAUCCUGAAAAUUUAUAUGCGGCUCUUGAUGUUAUAUCUGGUAGAGCAGUACCGGGAGUCCUUCUUAUGAGGGAGCUGAGAAAAGUACCAAAAAACAAAUGCUGGUAUGUUGGAUCUCCCGAAGUGGAUGCAGUAGAUAUAGCAUGUGAAUUCAAUAAAAGCUGGGAAACAGAUUUGACGGUUGGCCACCAUGAUUGUCGAGAUUAUACCAAUGGGUUGGUUGAGCAUCUCACUGGCCUAAAAAAAGUGUUGGAGCACUUGAGAAGAAGCACCGGUGGUCUGGGGUAAUCAUCAACUUGCUAGGCUAUUUGACCAUAAACAAUGUUCUAUCAUUUUUUGAUCAAGUUCCUUCAUAAGGUAUAUUCAGCCUCUCAUUUCUAACUAAUAUUUGUGUAUAUGUAUGUGAUGUUGUGGGGCCUGAACCACUACAUGAGUUGAUUCAUUGUAAACUAAAACUUCAAUGACUCAUGUUUUACAAUCAGCCGGAGGAUAAGUAAUGAAAGUAAAUAUCCUCAAGAAAA